GUCUAUGUGCAAAAUAUCAUCAACACAUCCCCGUGGAGAGUCGGGCCGCCCAAGCCGAAAUCUCGCCGCCCCAGACUCCGCCUCCGCCUCCGCCUCCGAAUCUCGCAAGUACCGAAAAACGGUCAAGGCGAUGGCGGCGGCCGGCGGCGUUUCCUCCGACGAUGUUCCGAUCCUCCAGACGGAGAACCUCACCAGCAACGUCAAGUCCAUCUACUACAGUCGAACAUUCUUGUCGAUCAUUGGUGGAGUUGUUGCUGGAAUCUGGGGAUUCACAGGCCUGAUGGGAUUUGUCUUCUACUUUCUGAUAAUGAUGGUCUCAUCAAUUGGGCUUUUAGCAAAGUCAAAGUUUUCAGUGCAGACAUACUUCGAUAGUUGGAGCAGGAUUUCAAUCGAAGGAGUUUUUGGCGGCCUCAUGUCCUUCGUGCUGUUUUGGUCAUUUGCUUAUGACAUUGUUCACAUAUUCUGAUGGACAAAGAAAGAGCUACUCUCCAAAGAAUGAAAGCAGACUUGGGAUUUCUCCUGACAUCGCACAUGGCUUUGAGCUCAUCUUAUAUUCAGUUUUGUAUUGGUAAAUGGUAAUUGAUAUGAACUUUAGUGAGACCUGUGUACCAGAUCUGUCGGUGUAGACAUGUACUCUAGCAAACCUCAUGAACUGUAGCAAUUCAUUUUUUUUGAUGUUUUGUAUCUAUUGUGUUUUGUCAUUUCCAGCAGCCACACUGGUACUGAAACUGAGGUUGAUAUAGAUACAUUUUGUUGUUGUACUC